AUGAGUUUUGCCGCCCGUGCCAUCCCGUCGAAGCGUAAAGCGACGACACCUGAUGAUGCGUUGUGGUCAUUCGGGCAUCAUCGACUCGUUGCGACUGCUUCCCUGAUCUGGUGCCAGAUUACCAUGGCCAGGCCAGGCCAGCUCGGUGGUGACAAGAACAUCAUCAUUGGCGGUACCAGGACAGGUCACCUCGCCCGGCAAGUCAUCCGCGUCGGGGUUCAGUGUCUGCCGCAGCACAAGGUGGGUGCGGAUCCCUGCAUGUCUGCUACGACCAUCAUCUCCCACGCAGCCACUCUCCCCACUCGUCCCGCAGCAAGACCUGUCUGUUUCAUCACAGAAUUGAUGGAUGUGCUGGAGCUGGGGCAUCGACGGUGGUCCUGGACUCCUUCCGGUCCUCCCCCCAAAGCCAAUCCUCGGAAUCUCGUAUCCACGCAGCGGGUGGCGAGCGGAGCGGCAGAGCAAUCUAUCUGCUGGCUGUGUGCUGGCUGCCUCACGUCGCUCUACCGCACUGUACAAGACCAUCGAGGCACAUGUCUCCGGACCGAGAAAAAAGCUGGGAGACACGGCAUCAAUAAAUGUGCCAGGGACUCCUUCCUAGAUGCGGCUUCAUCAUGCACGCCGGAUCGCAGCGUCGCCGCGCCUGUGUGGCCGAUUUUAGCGCCUCCCAUUCAGGCACCAGACGCUCUGACCCGGUGA